AUGGCCAUCAUCGUCCAGCUGGUCCAGGGUCUCCAGUCCCUGGCCGCACACCUCACCAACCCCGCCAACUUCACCCAGAUCCUCUCCACCUUCGUUAUCGGUAUCGCCCUUAUCCUCAUCUUGACCCAAAUCGGCCAAAGGAUCAACGUCGACAAGAACGCACCCCCAGAGGUCCCCUACUGGAUCCCUUACCUCGGCUCCGCCAUCUCCUUCAGUGUCAACCCCCUCAAGUUCUAUGCCGACAACCGCAAGAAGUACGGCGAUGUUUUCACCUAUACCAUGGUCGGUCGCAAGUUCACCGUCUGUUUGGGCGUCGAGGGCAACAACUUUGUUUUUAACGCCAAGCUUGCCGAUGUCUCUGCUGAGGAGUCCUACAAACCUCUUACCACUCCCGUGUUCGGAAAGGGAGUUGUGUACGAUUGCCCCAACCAUAUGUUGAUGGAGCAGAAGAAGUUUGUCAAGUGGGGCAUGUCCAACGAUGCCUUCAGGGCCUAUGUCCCCGAGAUCGAGGAGGAGACCAGGGACUACUUUCAGAGAUGGAACAACAAGACUGGCGGACGUGGCGAUCUUUUCAAGGCUAUGGGCGAGUUGAUCAUCAACACUGCUUCCCGCACUCUUAUGGGCCCUGAGAUCCGCGCUCUCAUGGAUGACUCUGUCGCCCAGGUGUACCACGACUUAGAUGACGGUUUCCAGCCCAUCAACAUGUUCUUCGAAUGGCUUCCCCUCCCCUCGUACUUCCGCCGUGACAAAGCCCACAUCAAGAUGCGCAACAUCUUCAGCCAAGUCAUCAACGACCGUCGUGCCAACAACAUCACCGACAAGACCGACAUGCUCCAAUCGCUCCUCAACCAGACCUACAAGGACGGCACUCCCUUCACAGACGUUGACGCCUGCCACUUGAUGAUUGCCCUCCUCAUGGCCGGCCAGCACACCUCUUCGACCACCGCCACCUGGGCCCUCCUCCAUCUCGCCGAGCACCCCCACCUUAUCAAGGAACUCCUCGCUGAGCAGAAGGAUGUCCUCGGCUCGCUCGAUACCCCCCUCUCCUUUGACGCCAUGAAGAACAUGACCCUCCUCGAGAACGUCAUCCGCGAAACCCUCCGUCUCCGCCCCCCAAUCAUCAUGAUCCUCCGCAAGGUCAUCCGUCCCAUUACUUACCCCGGAACCGACUAUGUCAUCCCCAAGGGCAACUACAUUGCCGCUUCUCCCAUUGCCACCCAAGUCGACGAGCAGUUCUACAAGAACGCCCUGACUUUCGACCCUCACCGCUGGGAGAGCAUCAAUGAGGAGGAGGCCGGCGAGUCGGUCGAUUACGGAUUCGGAAAGAUUGCCGGUGGUGGAGCCAGGAACCCCAACUUGCCCUUUGGCGCCGGCCGUCAUCGUUGCAUUGGUGAGACCUUUGCCUAUGUCCAGUUGAAGACGGUCAUCGCGACGUUCGUAAGGAUGUAUGAUAUGUCGUUGACUGAGAAGGGUAUGCCUGGUCAGGAUUUUACAAAGAUGUUUGUCCAGCCAGUAUUGCCCGUCGAGAUCAACUACACUCCUCGCAAAUAA